GAUCAGUAUGCCAAUUAUACAAAACCGCAACCCAGACCAAUUUGGCAGGGGAAUUAGAUGGAUAUGGGAAGACGAACAUUUUUCUUCAAUAAAAACUCACGUUUAAUCUUCCAAUCCUCUUCAGCUAAAAUCAAGAAAGGGACAACAGCCACUGAGCACCAUUGACAAAAAAAAAAUGUAUACAUGUGUACGAUAAUCCAAUACCCCCCUCCCUCCCCAAUUAAAAAGAAAACUAAACAGAAGUAGAAAGAAAAGACAGAAAGGAAAAAGAACCAGCAGUUUUUGGUGUCUUUGGAAUAUUAACCAAUAUCCUGAUGCAAUAAAAACCCCUGGUAUUGUGAUUACCAUAAUUGAUUCAGCAAUUUACUUAGAUGGAUAUCUCAUGAAGAGGAGAGAGCACAGCAGAUGGAUCGGCGAACCAGGUCCCCAACCAAUUUACUUAGACUGUUCAUGGCGAACCAGGUCCCCAAUCAAAGUUCUCCAGCAUUAUAUCCGCAUCAUCAUAAAGGUCCCAAUCCAGAUGAUAAUCUUCAUCCCCUAUCGAGUCCCACUCAUCGUCUUCAUCAUCACUGCAGCUUCCCAGAUAAUGGAGAUCAUAGCGAUCGACCACCUUUGGACCCAAAACCUUCAAGCCCUUCUCCAGUUGUCUCUUGGCCAGCCACUCCUCCCCGUCCAAUUUCACAUCCCAACAGCCUCUCACAUCGAGGAACUCAGGGAACCUGCAAGCUGUGACUAUCAUCCAAAGCAGAGCGGCGGCGGUGGUGCACGGCGAGCGAUGGGAUGGGGCGAGCGGUGGAAGAGGAAGGCAGAGAAUCGAAGGAUGAGUCCUUGAAGCCCUAAUUUGAAGAACCACGACGAUGGCUGGAGGCAGAGCGGUGGCGGUGCACGGCGAGCGAUGAUCAGGCGUGCGGUAGAAGAGGAAGGAGAGAGCGACAGAGGAGAGGAAGGAGAGAGCAGAGUGGAAAGGCAGCGAGGAGAGGCAGCGUUGAGGGUAAAUUCUCCCCGGCCGGGAAUUGUAAGUCACGUGUGAUACUUGCCGUGGAUGACUUUGAGGCGUUGCUGAUAAUUGUAACUAGUAUAACUUUCUAUCAACUUUUUUUUUUUUUCCGUGAACUGUUGAUGUGCCUGUUAUGAAUAAUGAAGAAUCCGAACGCUGCCUCGGCAGGUUGCUUUAGAUUGUUCUGCUUCAAGGUUAAAUACUUAUAUUUGUGCUCGUGCCUUGGACCACGCACCACGUAGCCCCCUCCUCAGGACAACGUGGGAAGAUGACUUUGAGUUUUCCAUUUUGUCUGUUCUUUUAUCUUUUAUAUGCUUUUGGGCUAGGGGCGGGCAUGAGACAGUAACCAAAUAUUAUAUUACUCCUCCCAAACGACCCCUCACCCCUAGUAAAAAGCCAAUGAACCUGGGCCCUAGCUCCGUCUAGAUACCCUUUCGAAAAGUGAGUUUGUAAGGAAAAUUUUCUCUAAUGCUCACGUUCUUGUUUAGUUUUGGAUUAAAAAGAGCGAGACUUAUUAUAAGAAAACUUUGGGCAUUUUUGUAAUACACGAACCAUAAACUGUGUUCACCCGUUCCACCAAACAGCACUUCCACUACUUAGAGACCAAAACGCCGAGAUCUGAGAGAGAGAAAGAGAGAUGUCCGUCUUCCGGGAGUUCAUGUUUCCAAACCCACCGUCGGUCUUUCUGACGGCGCUGCCCAUCUUCCACCUGGUUUCUACGUCCGCCGCCGGCCUCUUGGAGGCGAGAGGCAAUCCCAUGAAAUACUCCAAGUUCUGGAACGUCAAAGACAGUCUCACCGGCUCCUCCUCCUCUGGUGGCGUAAACAUCUCCAGCAGACGAGCGAUGCUUCUCUGCUACACGCCGGCCUUCCUCAUAGCCGCAGCCUCUUUUACGCUCACCGGCAACCAUCCGCGGUCGCUGCUGCUGAGCUCCGCACUCCUUCUUCAUUUCCUCAAAAGGAUUCUUGAGGUGUUGUUCGUCCAUAAAUACAGUGGAGGAAUAGCACUCAAGGCAGCCAGUAGUAUCAGUUUCAGCUACGCUACCUCCACUUUUUCAUUGGUCUACUGCCAAAGCUUCGCACAAGGACAUUCAGAUCCGGCGAUCGACUUGAAAUUUUACGGCGUCUUUCUUUUCCUUUUGGGUGUGGCCGGCAACUUUUACCACCAUGACCUUCUUGCAAGGUUAAGGAAAGAGGGCGGUGGCUACAAAAUUCCAACCGGAGGCCUCUUCCCUUUGGUGGUAUGUCCACACUAUCUUUUCGAAAUCCUGGGGUUUGUGGGGAUUGCAUUCAUCUCGCAGACGAUCUACGGCUUCUCUAAUGCCCUGUGUACCGCCAUGUAUCUGACGGGAAGAAGCUAUGCUACCAGAAGGUGGUAUGCCACCAAAUUUGAAGAUUUCCCUACCGGAGUGAAGGCACUUAUUCCCUUCCUCUUCUAGACUGUACACCGCCCAACUGUUUGCUAGCUUCUAGACGAUCUUGUUGAGACUUCUAUCCAUGUGCAUGCUUGUGUGCCUGCAGUCACUUACUUAAUUUCUCUUUAUUAAA